AUGCGGAAAACAUCGACUGGAACGGCUUCUUCUCGUGGGACAUCAAAGAAUGUUACAGCAUCAUCAGUUAGAGACGCUAUCGCUCAAGCAAGAUCGAAGAAAACUAAUAAUAAAGAUGUUCAGCUAGAAGAGCAGAGUGAAGUUGGACCAAAAAGUUUGAAUGUCAUCGUUAAGCAAGCCAAAUCUUCUGGACGUCUCAAUAUAUCCCAUCGGUCAUUAACGGAAAUUCCAGAGGAAGUGUGGAGAAUGUAUGAAGUUGAUUCAAAGAGUAUUAGCAUCGACUUUGGUGGAAGUGCCUCCGAUGUUUGGUAUGAACAAGUAAACCUUAUUCGUUUAGUCGCCGCCGACAAUUUUAUCAAAGAAAUCGAUAAGAGAAUAAUUGAAUUUGAUGCAUUGGCUUUCAUCGAUCUUCAUAAUAAUCAUUUAACAUCUCUUCCUGGUGAAUUUGGCGAAUUAAAAAAUCUAGCGAUACUUAAUUUAUCAACUAAUAAAUUUAAUGAACUUCCAACCUGUUUGACUUCUCUUAAAUCUUUGGUAGAAUUACAGUUGGCAUCAAAUAAUCUUUCAGGUGUAUUAGACCCAACCUUUGGUAAUUUAUCUAAAUUGGAAAUUCUUGAUAUUUCACAAAACGAAAUUACUGGAUUACCACAAGAGAUUUCAAAUUUAAAAAACUUGAGAAAACUUUUUCUUGCAAAAAAUAAAUUAAGAGAACUUCCUGGUGUAGCAUUAACAAGAAUGACAUACUUGGAGGAAUUAGAAGCUAGCGAGAAUCUACUAGAGAUAGUUUUCAAAGAUUUAAAUGGGCAAGAGAUUAAUCUACAAUCUUUAAAAAGAUUGGACGUUCGUCAAAACAAAUUAAAAGCUUUAGAUGAAUCACAUGAUGCAACCAUUUUUCAUCCAUCAGUUAAAUUACCAAAACUUAAAGAAUUACUUAUCUCACUAAAUCAAAUUAAAUCCUUGGGUCCUCUAUUACAUACGACAUCAAAUCUUGAAAUUUUGGAUAUUGGAGAUAACAAAUUGUCAGAAAUUCCUGAAGGAUUAAUUGCACUGAAAUAUCUCAAAAGACUGGAUAUAAGUAAUAAUGAACUAAAACAUUUACCUGCCGAACUGGGCUUAUUAAGUACUUUGGAUGUCUUGGUAUGGGAAGGAAAUCCUUUGAGAAAUGCUCCAAAAGGACCCAAAUCCACAGCAAAUUUAUUAAAAACGUUAAAAGAUAGACUUAUUACCGUUGAUCUUGAUAGUAUUGAAGGACCUACAAUCCCUGAAAGAACAAUGUCAGGUCAACAUCCUGGACGCGUAGGAGGUCGAAGAUCUUCUAGCAGUGCAGGGUUAAAGACUUCAGGAGCUUUAGGGACAAUUACUCAACAAGGAGUAGCAUCAAAAUCUUUAGACCUCUCAAAGAAAAAUUUAUCAAACAUAGAUCAGGUGGAUUUGGAAGAACUUACGUUCGAACCAACAAUGGUUAUAUUAGGAUUUAACACAUUUCAAGCAAUUCCAAUCGGAUUUCAAAUUUUUCAAAAUACCAUUACAACAUUUAAAUUGGAUCAUAAUAAAUUCACUUCCUUCCCAACAUUUGACGAUCCUUCUAUAGUAUUUCCAAACGUUGACACGUUGGAUUUAUCAGCGAAUCAAAUUACUCGUUUACCUGGUGAAUCCGAUCAUACGGCAUUUCCAAAUUUACAAGUUUUUAAUGUAAAUCAAAAUCGUAUCGCUGAAUUGCCAACCAAAUUGCCUUUCCCUAAACUUACAACAUUUCUUGCUACUUCGAAUAAUUUAACUUCAAUCGUUACUUCAACCUUUGAAGGAAUGGAAGUUGUGGAUGUAUCAAAUAAUAAUAUUGGACAUUUACCUCCGGAAUUAGGUAAUAUUCAAACCAUUAAAACUUUAUUAGUUGGAGGCAAUUCUUUCAGAGUACCUAGAUAUACAAUUGUUCAAAAAGGUACCGAAGCUGUAAUGGAAUAUUUACGUGGAAGAAUUCCCAGAUCUUAG